GGCUUGUAGUGGGAACUCCCAGGCUGUGUCCGAGCUGGGACAAGACAGGAAGUUUAUGCAGAGCAACAAUUAUGUGCCGAAAAGCUAAAAUCUGUGUUCCUGCUUCCUGAAGCGGCUGGAAGCAUGGGGGAUGCUCUCCUCGGGAAACUUCUACACAGACAGAAAGAUCCCCCAAUCUCUCUCUGACAUAAUGGCAACAGAAGAAACUCCCCAGAUGUCUUGCAGAAGUGAGCAAGUUUUUAUCACAAUGUCAGAAAGAAACGUUAACGGGCUCCCUGGCGCCACCCACAACAACCUGAAGACCUGCUCUGAAGGAUCUGUGCUGAGUUUUCAUAACAUCUGUUACCGAGUCAAAGUGAAGAGUGGCUUUCUAUUUUGUGGAAAAACAGUUGAGAAAGAAAUACUGGCGGGCAUCAAUGGUAUCAUGAGACCUGGCCUCAACGCCAUCCUGGGACCCACAGGUGGAGGCAAAUCUUCGUUGUUAGACAUCUUGGCUGCAAGGAAGGAUCCCAGGGGUUUAUCUGGGGACGUGCUGAUCAAUGGAGGACCUCGGCCGGCCAACUUCAAGUGCAUCUCAGGCUAUGUGGUGCAAGAUGAUGUUGUGAUGGGAACUUUGACUGUGAGAGAGAAUCUACAGUUCUCAGCAGCCCUCCGGCUGCCCACAACGAUGGACAGCCGGGAAAAGAAUGAACGGAUCGAUAAGAUCAUUAAAGAGCUGGGCCUGGACAAAGUGGCCGAUUCUAAGGUUGGAACACAGUUUAUCCGCGGGGUGUCUGGGGGAGAAAGAAAAAGGACGAGUAUCGGAAUGGAGCUGAUCACGGACCCGUCCAUCCUCUUCCUGGAUGAGCCCACCACGGGCCUAGACUCCAGCACGGCCAGUGCUGUCCUCCUGCUCCUGAAGAGGAUGUCGAGACAGGGACGGACCAUCAUCUUCUCCAUCCACCAGCCUCGCUACUCCAUCUUCAAGUUGUUCGACAGCCUCACAUUAUUGGCCUCAGGAAGACUCAUGUUCCAUGGGCCAGCUCAGGAGGCCUUGGGCUACUUUGAGACAGCUGGCUACCACUGUGAGGCUUACAACAACCCCGCAGAUUUCUUCCUGGACGUGAUCAACGGAGACUCCGCAGCUGUGGCGCUGAACCAAGAGGAGGAGGCUGACGCAGCCAAGGACCUGGCAGAAGCUCCCAAGAGAGACACAUCGGUCGUCAAGAGGUUAGCUGAGUUCUACAUCAGCUCCUCCUUUUUCAGAGACUCCCAGGCUGAGUUAGAUCAGCUCUUAGAGGUCCCCCAAAAGAAGAACACAGCCUUCAAUGAGGUCACCUAUGCCACCUCUUUCUUUCACCAGCUCAGAUGGGUUUCCAAGCGCUCGUUCAAAAACCUACUGGGCAACCCUCAGGUGUCCGUGGCCCAGAUCAUUAUUACCAUCUUCCUGGCACUGGUUGUGGGUACUAUCUUCUAUGGCCUGACAAAUGAUCCAGCAGGAAUCCAGAACAGAGCCGGGGUGCUCUUCUUCCUCACCACCAACCAGUGCUUCAGCAGUGUGUCAGCUGUGGAACUCUUUGUGGUUGAGAAGAAGCUCUUCAUACAUGAGUACAUCAGUGGAUACUACAGGGUGUCAUCCUAUUUCUUUGGAAAACUGCUGUCAGACCUGCUACCCAUGAGGAUGCUGCCCGGUAUUAUAUUCACGUGUAUUACGUACUUCAUGCUAGGGUUGAAGCCUGUGGUGACAUCCUUCUUCAUCAUGAUGUUCACGCUCAUGAUGGUGGCCUACACAGCCAGCUCCAUGUCCCUGGCCAUCGCCGCGGGCCAGAGCGUGGUGUCCAUAGCCACGCUCCUCCUGACCAUCUCCUUCGUGUUUAUGAUGAUCUUCUCAGGGCUGUUGGUGAACCUCAGAACAGUGGUGCCCUGGCUCUCAUGGCUUAAGUAUUUCAGCAUUCCUCGUUAUGGCUAUGCGGCUCUGCAGCAUAAUGAAUUCCUGGGACUGAACUUCUGCCCAGGACUCAACUUCACCACAAAUGACACCUGCAGCUAUGCCAUAUGCACUGGAGAGGAGUUUCUGGCAAACCAGGGCAUCGAUACUUCCCCCUGGGGCCUGUGGCAGAACCACGUGGCCCUGGCCUGUAUGAUCGUCAUCUUCCUCACCAUUGCCUACCUGAAGCUGCGCUUCCUGAAGAAGUAUUCUUAAAUUGUCUGAGAUCAUACCCAUCCCCAUUAAAAAGCUCUCAUUUAUUUAAGUAUCCUGCCAAA